UUAGUUUUUAUUUCUUGGUUGCUACGCUUGGUCCCUUUUGUGUCUUGUUCUUGGUCUUGUCCAUUUCAAGCGUCUAGUCGGAUAUGCAUCAUCAACAAGCAACGCAAAAGAACAUUUUGAACAGCUGAGAAAGAGGGAUGGUGCGGCCGAUGGAGGCGGGUUGAUGCACAACACCUCCCUCUCCCUCUCAUUCUGCAUGCAAGGCAGCCUUUUUCUUUUUAUGCCUUUAUCGUCCAAGCGAAAAGGUACACAAUUUUCUGCACUGCAGUGCUGGACUGCGGCUAAUACCGCCCCUGCAAUUAACCCUUAUGCCACGCCUCCCACCCCCUCUCCCCUCCUGUGAACCUACCUCUCCCUUCCCUCCCUCUUUCGAGCGAGUGCUUUCUUUUCUGCGUAACGCAUGCGCUCGUGCUCGUUUGCAAAAGGACCAGCAUAAGAGUUCACACCAACAAUUUCAUUCUUGCUUCCCAAAAAAUAUUAUUUUUAUUUUCUCCUCAAAUUGGCUGCAUCAAGCGGGCUUUUAUUUUUUGUUAAAUAAACGCACAUUUGGCAUCGUCAUUACCUCGUGUCCCUGCCCCUAUCCUGGGAAUAAAUCAAUCUGUAUGGUUCUUUUAGGUUUUUCCUUCCCUUUUUAUCUCCUAUCAUUUCCUCGUUAUAUUAGUUUACAAUAUUGUACAUUUAUACUUGUUUCUCAUUUUAUUUCUGUCUGGUACGCCCGGCCUUUCUGCCUCAUCAGCAUUCGUUUUUUCUUCCUUGUUUUUCUUCCCAGUUUGUCCAUGAAAAAAGCGAUUCUGAUUACUCGCUGGAUCCCGUUUGCCUGUGCUACCUUGCGUACCGAGAACAGUUUUUUUCAUUGUUUCAUAUUUUUUUUCUGUUUGUCCAUACGCUGUUCAACCUUUCUUUUUUGUUCAAUUUCUCUUCUUCGCCACAUAUACAUACACACACCCACUAUACCCUGUUUUUGUUUACCUGAACAAUUAAUAAUCAUUCAACGAAACUAAAAUUAUUUUUCUUUUAUUUUUAUUUGGUUUGGUUUGGUUUUUGGGUCAUCACACCCAAAGUCCAUUUUGUUUAUUUUUUGUUUGCACACAUUAUUUAAUAUAUAGACCAAGACGGCUGGGCCCCUAUUUUUU